AUGGCGGGUUUGGCCAAGACCGGCAUGGAAUGGCUCCAAGAUCCACUGAGCUGGCUGUUCGUCGCCUCGGUGGUCUUCGUGGUGCUGCAGCGGCGCCGGCGGGGCAAGGCGCCGCCGUUUCCUCCCGGGCCGAAUCAGCUGCCGAUCGUCGGCAACAUGUCGAUGAUGGACCAGCUGACCCACCGGGGCCUGGCGGCGCUGGCGAAGCAGUACGGCGGCCUUCUCCACCUCCGCCUCGGUAAGCUCCAUGCCUUCGCCGUGUCGACGCCGGAGUACGCCCGGGAGGUGCUGCAGGCGCAGGACGGCGCCUUCUCCAACCGGCCGGCGACCAUCGCCAUCGCCUACCUCACCUACGACCGUGCCGACAUGGCGUUCGCGCACUACGGGCCCUUCUGGCGCCAGAUGCGCAAGCUGUGCGUGAUGAAGCUCUUCAGCCGGCGCCGUCCGGAGACGUGGGUCGCCGUGCGCGACGAAUCCGCGGCGCUCGUCCGCGCCGUGGCUCGGCGGAGCGGCGAGUCCGUGAACCUCGGCGAGCUCAUAUUCAACCUUACCAAGAACGUCAUCUUCCGCGCCGCGUUCGGCGCGGGCGCCGCCGCGGACGGCGACGGCGGCAAGCAGGACGAGUUCAUCGCCAUCCUCCAGGAGUUCUCCAAGCUGUUCGGCGCGUUCAACAUCGGCGACUUCUUCCCGUGGCUGAGCUGGGCGGACCCGCAGGGCAUCAACGUGCGCCUCCGCGCCGCGCGCGCCGCCCUCGACGAGUUCAUCGACAAGAUCAUCGACGAGCACAUGGCGAGGGGCAAGAGCCCGGACGACGUCGACGCGGACAUGGUGGACGACAUGCUGGCGUUCCUCCCCGAGGCGAAGCCGAAGAAGGCCGCCGGCGACGGCGGGGACGAGCUGCAGAGCACGCUCCGCCUCACGCGUGACAACAUCAAGGCCAUCAUCAUGGAUGUGAUGUUUGGCGGGACUGAGACGGUGGCCUCGGCGAUCGAGUGGGCCAUGGCAGAGAUGAUGCACAGCCCGGACGACCUCCGUCGAUUGCAGAAGGAGCUCGCUGACACGGUGGGUUUCGACCGGAAUGUGGAUGAGUCGGACCUCGACAAGCUCCCCUUCCUCAAGUGCGUCAUCAAGGAGACGCUCCGGCUGCACCCGCCCAUCCCGCUGCUCCUGCAUGAGACCGCCGAGGACUGCGUCGUCGGGGGCUACGCCGUGCCCCGAGCCUCCCGCGUCAUGAUCAACGUCUUCGCCAUCGGCCGCGACGCCAAGGCAUGGAAGGAUCCGGACACGUUCCGGCCGUCCCGGUUCGUGGCGGGGGAAGGGGAGGCUGCCGGGGUCGACUUCAAGGGCGGCUGCUUCGAGUUCCUCCCGUUCGGGUCUGGUCGCCGCUCAUGCCCCGGGAUGGCGCUCGGCCUGUACGCGCUGGAGCUCGCCGUCGCUCAGCUCGCCCACGGCUUCAGCUGGGCGCUACCUGACGGCAUGAAGCCAUCGGAGCUUGACAUGAGCGACAUCUUUGGCCUCACUGCGCCGCGCGCUACAAGGCUCUACGCCGUGCCCACACCCCGGCUCACCUGCCCCUUGGUCGCUGACGUUAAUGUCGACGGCAGGCACCAGGCGUGA